CCUCCUCUCCGGCCCCGCCGAGGGGAGGAUCCGCUCCCCGGGGCCGUGCCGCCUCGCCCCUGCGCCGCCCUGCGCUCUCCGCUCCGCUCCUCUCCGCUCCUCUCCGCUCCGGCUCCGCUCGCUCCCCGCGCCGGGGCCGCCGGCCCGGCAUGAAGGUUCUCCGGCACAAGAUCGAGCUGCUCACAGGGCUGCUGCUGCAGGAGAUGACCAUGGCGGGGCUGCACGAACUGCGCUUCACUGAGGAGAAGCCACUGCUGCGUGGCCAGGAUGCUGAGCUGGAGAACUCGGAUGUGUUCCUCUCUGCUGCUGACACAGACUGGAAGGAACACGACAUUGAGACGCCCUAUGGGCUGCUGCACGUGGUCAUCCGGGGCUCACCCAAGGGGAACCGCCCUGCCAUCCUGACGUACCACGAUGUGGGCCUCAACCACAAGCUUUGCUUCAACACCUUCUUCAACUAUGAAGACAUGCAGGAGAUCACAAAACAUUUUGUGGUGUGUCAUGUGGAUGCGCCAGGCCAGCAGGCAGGAGCCUCACAGUUCCCGCAGGGGUACCAGUACCCAUCCAUGGACCAGCUGGCUGCCAUGUUACCCAGCGUGGUGCAGCACUUUGGAUUCAAGUAUGUGAUCGGGAUCGGUGUUGGGGCAGGAGCCUACGUGCUGGCCAAGUUUGCGCUUAUCUUCCCCGACCUGGUUGAAGGGCUGGUCCUCAUGAACAUCGACCCCAACGGCAAAGGCUGGAUUGACUGGGCAGCUGCCAAGCUCUCGGGCCUCACCAGCACACUGCCAGACAUGGUCCUGUCCCACCUGUUCAGCCAGGAGGAGCUGGUGAACAACACGGAGCUGGUGCAGAGUUACAGGCAGCAGAUUGGCAGCGUGGUGAACCAGUUCAACCUCCAGCUCUUCCUCAACAUGUACAACAGCCGCAGGGAUCUGGACAUCAACCGGCCCGGCACUGUGCCCAACGCCAAGACACUGCGUUGCCCUGUGAUGUUGGUGGUGGGAGACAACGCUCCUGCUGAAGAGGGUGUGGUGGAGUGUAAUUCCAAGCUGGAUCCCACAAACACCACUUUUCUGAAGAUGGCGGAUUCUGGUGGGCUGCCCCAGGUCACACAGCCCGGCAAGCUGACCGAAGCCUUCAAGUACUUCCUGCAAGGCAUGGGCUACAUGCCGUCUGCCAGCAUGACCCGCCUGGCACGCUCCCGCACAGCCUCGCUCACCAGCGCCAGUUCUGUGGAAGGUGCCCGACCACGUGCCUGUUCGGAGAGCAGCGAGGCCAUGGGGCAGAUCAACCACACCAUGGAGGUAUCGUGCUGAGGCCCGUGGCCGCCACCACCGUUUCCUCCAGAGCCAUUUCCCAUCCGUCAGCAUCCCGCCAGCACCCACCCGCCCCGCGGACGACCUCUGCCAGUGCUCUCGCUCCCCUGGGGUCGAUUCAUCUUCUUUGCUGUUGGCCUCCCUCCCUCACUGGGCACCAGAGGAGCUUCUCCUUGUCAUCUGCAGGCUCAGAGUCCCAGCUCAGCCCAGUAGUCACACAUGGCUCUGCCUCAGUCCUCACCUUCCCCAGCACUGCCUUGGCCCUGGUGUGGAAGGGAGGAUGGCAGGGAGACGUGGCCGGGAUGGGUGAGCAAGGGUGGGAUGGUGGGAUGGAGCAGGGCAGUGGGACAUGGGCAGGACAGCAGGACAUGAGCAGAACAGCAGGAUACAGAGAAGUAGGUCAGUCUCUUAAGGGUGGCCAAGCCAGAAGGAAGCCAGGGCUGGGGUGCUGUGUGUGGUCGUUUUGGGGAGAUCACAGUGCUCAUCCUGGGACUGCAGCUCCCAUUCUCCCCAGUGGCCAUUCCCUGGGCACUGCAUGGGAUCUCUGGCACAGGCAGGACCUGCAGCCUGGGUGGAUGCUGGGCAUCAUGAGCAAUUGCAUCCUGCCUGUGCCUCUCCCAGCCAUGCACCUCGGGGGCUGCCCAGGGCAGGGACGGAGGUCUCAGCCUGAGCUGUCAGGGCAGAAGGGGAUCAUCAGCAUCCCCCCAGCUCACAUCCCGUGCACAGUGCUGCCUUGGCCCUGUUUUUGUUGCAAAAAGGACAGUUGCUGCCUGCUACCAAAAAUGCAUAUGGGGGCAGUGUCUGCCCCUUGCCUCACCCAGUCCCUGAUGUGCUGGCCC